AUGUCUCUGUUCAUUUACGGCAGUUUUUAUUAUCUGUAUAUGCCGAGCGUGUCCCAUCAAUGGAACUGCAACUUUCUCUUCGAUGUUUGUGAGAACGGAGUCGGUGUUUGUUCAUUUCCGACGGCGCACGUGGAUUUGACAGAUGAUGACGAGAACCUGGUCCUUACUCCGGGACAGGCCUACAAGAUCUUGCUUGAUCUGGAAUUGCCAGAAUCGGCUGAAAACAGGGCCACGGGGAUGUUCGUCAUUUCGGCCAAUUUCUACAACUCGAGUGGAGAUAGUGUUAGAACAUCGUCCAAGACAUCCAUGCUACGUUAUCGUUCCAGCCUUUUGCGAAGUCUGACCACUUUAGCUUACUCUCCAUUCCUGGUAACGGGUGCUCACGAACAGAAACAGCUUCUACAUAUCGAGAUGUUCUCUAAAUAUAUGGAGAAUUCAUACAACCCGGCCUUUCGUGCUGUUCUACAGAUGCGGACCCAAAGUUUACAGUUAUAUUCUGCCACGCUCAAAAUCUACGCCCAUUUCACUGGUUUACGUUAUUUAAUGUUUCAUUGGCCGGCUACGUGUGCCGUGUUAGGCACAGGUAUCAUACUUUCUUCUCUUAUGUUUGUUGCAAUGUUGUCCUGGUAUAAUUAUUUCCAUAGUGGUCAUGUUGUUGUUCAGCCCAGUAGUCACCGACUACUGCUGGAAGAGAGACGGCGACAAAUACAAGCUCGUCUUCUCCGAGAAGGCCACUCAGCCGAGGAGGUCGUAUCAGCUACGACGGGGACCGAAAUCCUAAUCGAUCCGCCACAACUGACCGAGAACUCGUCCGGUGGAGUCGAUAAUGAGUCGCAAGGAGCAGUUGUUACGGAGUCGUUAGGAUCUGCAGGUUCAGCUCGUCCGAUCAUCUCAACAAUGUCUAUUCACAGUGUUGGGUCGACAAACCAAGAACAUCCACUCGUCAGUCCCAUCUAUGAUGAAAGCCCUGAGCAUUUGGAAUUGAUGAGCACAGAGGAUGAUUCUUCUUCGAUUAUGUCGUCUAAUAUUACUUUACUGUCUUCUGAUGAUAUCGACUUAGAACUGAGACAUCGACACAUUUCAGCACAUCAAAGCUGA